AUGUCGCCCUCCAUGACGAAAAAAGCCCAGGCCGUCCUGGCCCUCCUCGCCGCCUCAGCCGUCGGCGUUGACGCCCACACCCACGCCAACACAACCGUCACAGACAGCCUACCUCGUCGCUGCGAUGCCAACCCUGCGGGGCCCCUCGUCCCGAACCCCCGCGACUGGACCUGCCGCGCGCCGAUCGACCACCUCUCGCGCGCCGCGGCCCUCGCCGUCCGCAACCCCUGGACGCACCCGCCACACUGCGCGUCCUCGUCGCUGCACGACCGCUACGCGUCCCUCUACUGCGCCUUCACCAAGGACGACUUCCAGGGCACCGGCGGCCUCGUGGCCUUUACGAGCGCCAAGGUCGCCGCCGAGGCGCACCGCUCCCUCGAGGACCGCGACCCGCGCUGGCUGCGUUUUCCCUCGCGCGACGCGCCCCUCAGCAGCCUCAGCGGCAGCAACAAGCCGCGGUACGCUCUCGUCGACGUCGGCGCCAAGGGCCUCGGCCUCGUGGCCCAGGAGCCCAUCAAAAAGGGCGACGUGCUCGCGCGCGAGGGCCCCGUCAUGCUCAAGAUGGUCGAGCGGCCCAAGGAGAUGGACAAGGGCGAGGCGCAGGCCGCGCAGGAGCGGGCGUUCUUGCAGCUCGCCAAGGCGGAGCAGCUCGAGAUUCUGGACCUCGCGCGCAACGCCGGCGGGCACCCCAUCGACGACAUUGUGCGGACCAACUCGUUUGAGGUCAAGUUUCAGGGCGUGGCGCACUUUGCGCUGUUCAAGGACAUUUCGAGAAUCAACCAUGCGUGCAAGCCAAAUGCCGUGACCCGCUGGUCGCAGACGAAGCUCCAGAUGGAGAUCAUUGCCUACCAUGACAUCGAGGCCGGCGAGGAGAUCACCAUCAGCUACGCGCCCAUGCACCUCCUCUCCGACGACCGCCGCGACAUGAUCAUCUCGUCCUGGGGCUUCGAGUGCAAGUGCCCCAUCUGCACCGACGAGGGCGAGAUGUACCUCUCCGACAUGCACCGGCGCCAGCUCGACCGCAUCAUGGAGGAGCUCGCCAUGCCCGAAGUGCGCACGCCGGCCCUCGUCAACGAGCUCGUCAGCGAGAUGGAGGACAUGAUCGACGACGAGGCCCUCGACUCGCAGCGCGGCGACCUCUACGGCAUCGUGUCGCGCGUCUGGUCCGAGGUCGGCGACUACGCCAAGGCCCUGCGCUACGCCGAGCGCGGCAUGGGCUUGCACGAGUACUAUCGCGGCAUCGACGACUCGAGCACGUGGCAGGCCAAGAGGUUUGUCGAUUUCCUCAAGAUGAAGAUUGGGGGCAGGAUCUGA